AUGAGAGAGUUAAUUGCACGUAAAGAAGGUCAAAACGAUGACACAGAGAUUAUGAGACUAUUAAAAUCAUUAACCAUUGAUGAAAGUCAAAUGAAAGUAAACCGAAAAAUAACUCAAGAACAUGUAGAAGAUAAGAAAAGUUUGGGUCAUUGGUUCUCUUCUAAGCCAAAUAGUAGUGAUAAUAAUUUUGCACAAAAAUAUCAAUAUGCUCAAUCACAAUCGUCUAAUGAUCAUGAUGUCUUUGGAGGAUAUUUAAAUAUGGAAGAAAAUGGAGAUAUACCACAUGUAGUGUCUCUAUGUAUUAAAGAAGUAGAAGCAAGAGGUUUGAAAUCAGUAGGUAUUUAUAGAUUAUCAGGUCCUGCAUCUACUAUACAAAAGUAUAAACUUGCAUUUAAUAAAGGUAAGAGAAGUUUGUAUGUGAUUAUAGGGGAACAAAAAAAAAUUAAGCCCAUAACUUAUAUAGGAGAACAUGUCAGUUUUAGAGAGGAACAUGAUAUUAAUACUGUAACUGGUUUACUUAAACUGUAUUUCCGUGAACUUAAACAGCCUUUAAUGACAUAUGAAUAUUAUGGAUGGUUUAUUGAAGCUGCCAGUAAGUAA